GCACCUAAUUGGAUGCCCCAGACCGAGGCUCCGGUGAUCUACACGCCUCUUCGUCCUCCACUUUCGCCUUAAGUAGCUGUCACCUAUCACUGGACACAAACGAGACAUACUUCCAACUCACUAUGGAGACCAAAUGCCACGAUAUGGACUGCGAGAGACGAGAGGUGAUCCGAACACUAAUGGAACUAGCAGAUGAGCUGGACAAACAGCAACAUGACAUCCGUAUCGCCAAAACCACUUUUGCAUCAACAGGACUUGCAUCUGCUGGAGCUGUUAUCGGUGGGCUGGUACUGGCUCCGUUUACCCUUGGAGCAUCUCUCGCUAUCACCGCGGGUGGUCUUGUUGGUGGAGCCGUCAGUGGAGCAGGAGCCUUGGCCACAAAUGUUGCUGAAAGGAUCGUUAACAGCAAGAAACUGAAAGCUGCCCAGGCAGCAGUAAAUAGGAUCAACGCCUCCUAUACCCACAAGACUAGUGUUGGUGGGGAAACGGGCGGAAUCCGGGCUGCUGCUACUGGUGUAUCCACAAUGUUGUAUGUACUUCCGCCUGUCAUCAUCGGCCUCAACAUUGCCGAAAUUGUGUCCAACAGCAUUAAGAUUGACAAGAAAACCCCAUCAGAAGUUGCUGAACAGAUCAGGUCAAUCGCUCAUACGCUCGAGUAAGAAUUCAAAGAAGUGUUACAAGGAUCAUCCAAAAGACAUUUAAUGUUGAAAGUAGUUGAAGGCUCACGACAGAGAAUAUCCGUAAUUCCUCUGAACUAUCAAUGUGUAAUAUGUGUUCUAAUCAACGCUUCGGGGGCACGGGUGGCCCAGUCGUCUAAGGCGCCGGCGGUAAACCCAACUCACUCACUCACUAAUCAACGAUUCUAAGCCUGUCAGUAGCUGUGAAAUGUCCAUUUUAUGUAUAGAAGAGUUUAGUAGUGAUUACGUGUGCAUCAUGGUUUUGUUUUUCUGUAUUCAGCGGCAUUAAUAUUCUUCAGAAAGGAAACGUUAUUGCCGUAUUCCAAGUUUCUGUGGUAGAUUUAGCUAAAUUUAAUAUAUAUCAGAACAAAGGCUCAUGUUACAACUGUACUCCAAGUUUAGAUAGAGAUUUAACUUAUUUGUGUGUAGCAAAGGUAUAGUAUUUGUCAAUAUCACAUACAAUCUUCGAAAACAAAAUCAGAAGCCUAAAGUCUUCAACAACUACAUAACUAUACAGUUAUAAGUUGUCAUCGGACGCCCAUUCAAAGCGCUGCUAAAUCACUUAAGUGCUAUGUUUGGCGCACGGUGGUUCGUCACACAUACGUCCUUGUACACGGGUGUCCUGUCACACAUACGUCCUUGUACACAGGUGUUCUGUUCAGGGAAUUCCGUAUUUAGGUCAAGUGCUGGUGUAGGUCUUCCAGCCUUCCCGUGUCGCUCGAUAGCUUCCUCUAGGCUAACACCACUGCCCUCAGCCAUCAGGGGUGGGAGUUGGCUGGGAUCGGAUGGGAAAUGGAGUUUUCUUCCUUCCGUAACGUGUUUUAUCUGUUUACUUCUAACAACGGGAUAGAUAUUUGUUUCAAGUAGAAAGUGUGUUUGCCAUCUUUGCGUGUGUCAACAUUUCAAGAUUCAUUUUCAAAAACUUUCCGUUCAUUUUAUAUCCAUAUAUCACGUUUUGUUAUCGCUUGACUUUAUUGAUCGUUGUAUGAUAAAUUGCGCCCAGCAUCUCGAUAGUUUUGUCUUCUGAUAAUAAAUAUUUGAUCUGUC